UUGUUGGUUGUUUUUAAAGUUUUAUUUAAGGACUGAUCUGAUUUUCCUGACCUCCUCUCCUUCGUUCUCCUUCAGGAAACCAGCCCGUCUCCAAGCUCCCAGAUCCAGAAUCAAUGUAAGAAGAUGAAUUCGGGCUGUCUGAGGCUCCAGUCGAGUCUCUGCGGUUUGAGUCCUAAUCUGUCAGAAACGGAAUAAGAAGCUGCAGAAAACAAAAGACAAGGAGGCAGAAAGAUCCUGAAGUGAGGAACGUCUUCAGUUUUCACCAGAAACACAAACUCUGCUUCUGUGAACAUGUAAGUUGGAACCAUCUGGGAAGUAAAGUUGUGAAGUUCUGAUCGGAUACAUGAAACCAGGACGGACUUCCUGAGGAAGCCGAUGAUUGAUAAGCUUCAUCUUUUGGUUUCUUAGGAAAAAGAACCAAAGUUGAUUCUGAGCUUCCUCUGCUGCAGCUCUGAGUCUGGACCGGACCGGACCGGCCGGGUUAACAUCUGAACCCGUCUGUAAGCACAGAACUUCAGUGUCCUGGUGAAGGCUGACUGGAUUUACCAACAGAGAUUCUCUUCAGUCCUCAGGAAAGUUUGUUCCGAAUUCACCAAAAACUUUAAAGCUUUUAACCAUAAAUUAAAAAUUAUGCAAUCAAAUGAAAAAGAUAAACAUUUUUAAAGUAUGAAACAGGAAACAUAAGACGAACUGCAGGCUUCCUGUUCGGUGUUUAAAUAAAUCUUGUCAUUUUCUCAUUUCAAACAGUUUUAGGAUUUUUUUCUGUUCCGUCAACAGGAACAUUUUGUAUCUCAGGGUGAAAAAAGGCUCAAUCUAAAGUGGUUCUGUUUAGAUUCUGGUUCUUUUCAUCUUAAGAGGUUGAUGCAGGUCAGAAUUAAAGAGUCCAAUGAACCCAAAAAUAAGAAACGUUCAGAACCAGGAAAUGAAACCAGCAGCAAAGUCCAGAGAAAAGGCUGAAAAUCCCAAAGACGUGUUGGACAUGCAGAGUCUGGAAGUUGAUGACAUCAUCAGCAGCUGAACUUUUCCUGUCUUUAAAUCAUUUCCAGCUGCCAGCAGAAACUUGGCGACGAUCAGAUCUCAGUGGAAUAUGAAGAACCUGCAUCUGCAGCAAAGAGUCCAGGAAGAAACUUUUUCCUUCUGCUUCUCCUGAGCUUCGGUUUUCUCUGCAUCCUCCAAUCUGCCCUCAACGUCUCACUGCGUCUGACUUCCUCUUGUUCCCAAAACCUGACUGGACACCACACCGAGGACUCUGGCACCGUCUGUCCCACCGUCUGUCCCACCCGGGGAACCCGACCAGAACCCGACUUCAGAACCCGCUGGCGAGACGCCUGAAGCCCUGACUGCACAGAUCCAACAGAUGAAAAGGCUGUUAUGUGUUUAUGGCAGCGAGGACGGACACCUUGUUGUGAAUUUAACAGCAUUGCGCAGCUCCUUCAAGCAACGGCUGGCCACAUUUUGUCCAAGCAUCUACUACAUUUCCUCUGCCGUGGCGACAUGGGGUGAAAGCAGGAACGAUUGUCUGAAAAGAGGAGCAGACCUGGUGAUCAUCAACAGCAGAGACGAGCAGGACUUCCUGACUUGGUACAAAAAGAGGCUUUGGAUCGGACUGACCGACGCCGAGAAGGAGGGAGAAUGGAAAUGGGUCGACGGGACUCGGCUGAACACCAGUUACUGGGGUCCUGAUGAGCCAAACAGUGAUCUCGGUGAAAACGAAGACUGUGGAGAAAUGAGAUUUUUUGAAUCAGAAAACAACUGGAAUGAUGUUUCCUGUGGCAUCAAAAACUCCUGGAUCUGUGAAAGAAAACUGCAGGAAUGAAGAUGGGAAGCAGCAGGAAGACUCCCUCCCCCCCGACCUCUGACCUCAGCAGGUCCAGCAGGUGGCGCCGGUCAGAGCAGGACGAUGUUUCGGGUCGGACCCCCACUGGGUCCAGAGCUGCAGCUCCUUGUUGCUUCUUCACAUCGGAAACUGUUGAAGCUUUAAUCUGACUUCAGCUUUGCUUUGAUUUUAACUUUAUUAUCUGUUAAUCUUUCAUGUCAGAAUGAAAAACAAACUCGUUUCAUCUCUCCUGAGUUUUUGUGAAACGUUUAAUUUUUACGUUUAUUGAAUCAGAAAUGCUGCCGUCAAAGUCUGAAUAGAUUUUAGGACAAUAAUAAAAACACAUCAGGUCGAAACUAAAGAAAUAAAAACUUUAUUUCCUCAGA